UUAAAAAAAAUCCGGAAGCCAGGCUUUCCACAAAUGGAGGUUUGGGCGUAGAAGGAAGGAUCGAACUGUAUCCGAAAAACAGUCAGAACGCCUCGCCGCUUUCUUCUUUACUCUCAUUUCUCAGAACCGCCACGCCAAAGCUUCUUCUUCACUGAUAUCUCCUCCAAGGAUUCUUCUUCCUCAUUACGUAGAAACGCAAAUACGCGAAUCUACUGUUGAAAACCUGACGAAAAAGGCAAAAAUCGGAUGCGAUUUGCAGUACCAAUGGAGCAAAUUGCUUACUGCAUUUUGAGAUUUGCAGUACCGCGGAUGAGCUAAUCAGACUAAUUGUGUAUUUAUUGAUUUUGUUCAUAAUUUGUAGCUCUGCUAUUGAGGCUCCAGAUAGAUAGAGCCGUCUCUGCUUACUUAAUAGUGAGGCAUCACCGAAGGUCCUCCUCUACUCAUAAGCUGUGAUAGAGAUUCGAAUGCUUGUGAUUCGUAAAUUCUCUGCCCUCAUCCCUGGCACGAGCGCAUCGACUUGUAUUCGUACCUUGACCAGCGGAACCAGUUUAUUUUGUAACAGUGAUGGUGGUACAGGUAGUAGAGGCUUGCCCAACGAUGACUACUUUGCUACGAUUCACCACAUAUCCAACAUUGUGCGACGUGAUAUAUACAUGGAGCGCACACUCAACAAGAUGCACAUAUCAAAGAUUGUAAACUCAGAGCUAGUUUAUCGGGUCUUCCGCAGCUGCUGCAACUGCGGGGUUGAAUCUUUUCGCUUCUUCAAUUGGGCAAGGACAAAUCACCCAAAUUAUGAGCCUACCACACUUGAGUUUGAAGAGCUCCUCAAAAUCUUAGCUCGGAACCGCCAUUGGGAGACCAUGUGGAAGGUAGCAGAAACUAUGAAAGCACAGAGCUUUGCUAUAUCUCCAUCGGUUGUCUCUUUCAUUAUUGAGCAAUAUGGUAAGCAUGGUCUCAUUGAUCAAGCUGUCGGCCUAUUUAAUGGGCUAAAAAACUUCAAUUGUCCGCAGACAACUGAGGUAUACAAUUCCUUGCUCUUUGCCCUAUGUGAGGUUAAGAACUUCCAGGGGGCUUAUGCUUUGAUAAGGAGAAUGAUUAGAAAAGGGACCAUUCCUGAUAAGAGGACCUAUUCAGUUCUUGUUAAUGCUUGGUGCUAUGCGGGGAAGAUGAGAGAGGCACAAGAUUUCUUGGAGGAGAUGAGUAAAAAGGGAUUCAAUCCUCCUGUACGCGGCCGGGAUUUGCUGGUAGAUGGAUUAUUGAAUGCAGGGUAUCUGGAAUCAGCUUUGGGGUUGGUCAGGAAAAUGACCAAGGAAGGGUUUGUGCCAGAUGUAGGCACGUUCAAUUCUUUGGCGGAAGCUCUAUGUAAUUCUGGGCAGAUUGACUUCUGCGUUGAUCUUUUUCAUGAUGUUUGUGGAUUGGGGUUUUGUCCCGACACAAGCACGUAUAAGAUUAUGAUAAUUGUGACCUCAAAAAUUGGAAAAGUUGAUGAGGCUUUCAGAAUACUUCACAGGUCCAUCGAGGAUGGUCAUCGUCCAUUUCCGAGUUUGUAUGCUCCAAUUCUGAAAGCUCUUUGCCGAAGGGGACAAUUUGAUGAUGCAUUCAGUUUUUUUGCUGAUAUGAAGGUGAAAGGGCAUCCUCCAAACCGUCCUGUGUAUACUAUGCUGAUAAAGAUGUGUGGACGCGCUGGUAGAUAUGUAGAGGCUGCCAAUUAUUUGGUGGAGAUGACUGAGUUAAAUUUGCUACCUAUGUCACAAAGCUUUGAUAUGGUUUCUGAUGGCUUAAAGAACUGUGGGAAACAUGAUUUAGCCAAAAGAAUAGAACAGUUGGAGAUAUCUGUCCGGGGUCUUUGAUUUAUUAACUCUUUAUUCAGCAAUAUAAAAUUUGUUUGUUAUGCCAA